AACGAAACGAAACGGAUCGAAUAUUUUGGUAUAUUUGGGCGCGACUUGUUGACAGUUUGAAUUAAGCGCUAAACGAGUGUGAAAUGAGAGAAAUAGUUCAAACAAUACGAAUUAGAUGCAUGUGAUUAACAUAAUUAAUAAGUGACGUGAACGGGGAAAGCCUGAAGCUAACACAAAAAGUACACAAACAGACACGAAAAGUCAAGAGAAUAUUCUAACGGGAACGUUUAGCUGCCUCAUUAAGUUAUCAUUGCAUAAAAGCAACAAGCACAAGAGCAACAACAACAACGACAACGACAACAACAAUAAAUCGCUGGCUAACCAGUUGAAGAUGCUGAUGCUCCACUUACAUCACUGGCCAUUAGCAUUGGCCAUCAUUUCCUGCAUUGUCGCCGUCUCAACAAGCACGACAACAACAAGAAUAACAACACCAACAACACCAACAACAACAACAACAACAGUAUCCUCCAUACCGGGCAAAUAUCUGGCAUAUGGGAACCAGCAUCAGCCAAAGAAGCUGCGUAUUGCAAUUGGCAACGCCAGUGCUGUAGAAUCCAUUGGCAAUAAACCAGUAUUCCGGCAAAAUCCGAUCAAGAAUUGGUUUGGCGUCUUUAAUCGCAAUAAUUCGCCGCCGGCACAAGACCAAACAGCGACAUGUUCCUGCAGAUGUGGGGAGCGCAACGAUGAGUCGCGAAUCGUUGGGGGAACAACCGCUGGCGUCAGCGAGUAUCCCUGGAUGGCCAGACUGAGCUACUUCAAUCGAUUUUACUGCGGCGGCACUCUAAUCAACGAUCGCUACGUGCUGACGGCGGCGCACUGCGUCAAGGGCUUCAUGUGGUUCAUGAUCAAGGUGACCUUCGGGGAGCACGAUCGAUGCAACGACAAGGAGCGGCCAGAGACGCGCUUUGUGCUGCGCGCCUUCAGUCAGAAAUUCAGUUUCUCUAACUUUGACAACGAUAUUGCGCUGCUGCGUCUCAACGAUCGCGUGCCGAUCACCAGCUUCAUACGACCCAUUUGCUUGCCACGGGUAGAGAAUCGCAAUGAUUUGUUUGUGGGCACACGCGGCAUUGCCACCGGCUGGGGCACGCUUAAGGAGGAUGGCAAGCCGUCGUGUCUGCUGCAGGAGGUGGAGGUGCCGGUGCUUGACAACGACGAUUGUGUGGCUCAAACAAAUUAUACACAAAAGAUGAUCACCAAGAAUAUGAUGUGCUCGGGCUAUCCGGGCGUCGGGGUACGUGACAGCUGCCAGGGAGACUCCGGUGGUCCCUUGGUGCGUAUGCGUCCCGACGACAAACGCUUUGAACAGAUCGGCAUCGUCUCUUGGGGCAAUGGAUGUGCGCGACCAAAUUAUCCAGGUGUCUAUACCAGAGUCACCAAAUAUCUGGACUGGAUUGUGGAGAACUCGCGGGAUGGCUGCUUCUGCGAUGAGGAUUACUAAUCGAAUGCUAAUUCUCUUUCAGCUUAGUAUUAGUUCUAUAGUUGUAGUCUUAUCGCUAUGCAUAUAUUUUGUACUUUUAUAUAAAAAGAAAACAGCACAACACAA